AUGCCCGGGGCUUAUCACUUUGAUGGUCCCAACAACACCUCCGGCCAACCUCUCAACGCUGGCAUCUUCAGACCGCCCAUCUCACCCUCCGCUUCUAGCUCUGUGUACAACCUAGCCAAAUCCACCGGAAGUCUCUACUCGGACAUCUCCAUGGCAAACACGCCUCUAUCCGGGGCCAAGAGGAAGCGAGCAAGAGCCGAUACCAAACGGGAGUCGACUCCCAUGACAGACUGGACCACGAACAUGGAUGGUGUCACCGAGCCUCGAGAGGAUGGCCGGUUGAGCGGCGGCGCUCAGCACCUUCGAUAUACCUUGGCAGGGCGAAUUGAUACCCCGGGUAGCGGCGCACCCAACGCUGAGAGCGGCAUGUUGGAGGAUAGCGUCUACUCGGACGUCGACUACCGACGAGCAUUAGGUCCAAAAAGACUGAGGGACGAGACCGAGUCACCGGCUGCACGCCUGUCUAGCCUCCAUAUCGACCCUGGAACGCCGAAAUCCCCGGGCUCGGCUGGCUGGAGCGCUGUGGCGCUCAAUACCAUUGGGGAGGUUGUGGGCAAGGUGUGGGAGUUUUGCAGAGCGGGAGCAUUCCGGGGCUUCCACGCCGGUGGUGGCAGGGGCUACGAAUUUAACGGUGUGACAGAAACAGAUGCGAACCGCGGGGGAACACGGUGGUGCAACGAGCACGAUAUACCAACUCUCCAAACAUACGAGCCCACCCAGAUGGUCAAUUCGAUACCCGGCAACUUCCCACAAUCCGACUAUAUGCCCUACAUGGCCGACUGCCACGAGAUGAGCACCCCCGAAACGACGCCCAGGCCAUCGGCGAAGCGCAGGCAUCUAGAGGAGACAAACGACGAAUUGCGCCGGAACUGGGUCAUCGUCAAGGAUCCGCCGCCGCCCGUGCCGGGGCGGGAAGAGAAGAAGACGCCACCAGUAAUGCACAGGGCGCCGGCCCGACCGGGAACGACCCGCUCCCGACAACCCCCUCGCUACUCGACGCCGACGGCUGCCAGCAGCGGCAGGCGCAUCAGCGUACCCGUCUCUCGGCUCUCAUUCGGCGGCGCCCCUGCCGCCGCAGUCGCCGCAGCCACCCCGCCUCUCCCCUCCUCCACGCGCACCCGCCGCGCCUCCCUGCGCAUCUCGCACGCCGGCUCCCCGGGCCUGAGCGCCCGCUCCCCCGCCAGCUUCGCGCAGCCGCGCCUCUCCCCCACCACCGCCGCCACCCUUCCUACCUCGCCGCCGCCGGCUAGCCGCAUCCCCGUCCCCUCCUCCGCGUCGGCCGCUUCGGCGUCGGCGGCGGGGGCGCGGCCCGGCGGCGCUGGCGGUGUGGGAGGGGCCGCUGGUGCUGCCGGCGCGGAGGACGGGGCCGCCGCAGUCGAUAGCCCCCGGCUGGACGCCGAGGCCAGGCAGCUGGCGCAGAGGAAGAUUGCGGCGGAGAGAGACGCCGACGUGCGCAUGGAGGCGUUCAACAAGCGGCUCAUGGCCAUGAUACGGCAGGGCAAGGAGGCGCUUGGCACGACCGUCGAGGUGGAGAUGGACUGUGGGGGUGGUUGGGAGGAUGAGGAGGAGUGA